AUGACCACGCCUGGCAUCCACGAAAUCCUCGAUUUUGUGCCCUGGUGUGGCUGCGCGCUCAGGAACCUCUCAGCAACUCAGUCUGGAGGGUUGCUGGGGGUUCUGCCUUGGGUUCCCCGCCUGUGUGGAUCUCGGGGUGCUCCCAAGCUGGGUCUGCCUGCCCCCAGGUCCGGCCCGCAGCUCGCAGUCUCGGGGAUGGAGGGUGGGCAGGGACCCCGCGAGACGCCCCUCCUCCUUCCUACCCCUGCCUGUGGUUCCCAGGGCUGGAGCUGGCAGGGACAGCUGCAUCCCCAACAGCUGGGGCUGGGGUGGGGGGCCGUGGGAACUGUGGAUAGGGGCCUCUGUGCACCCACAGAGACACCCCAGCCCAGUGCAGCUGUUGCCUGGCAGCAGGAGGGAGGGGUUCUGUCCCUGUGGGUUGAGUUCCUGGGCGCCUGGCUGACCCCUACCUUCCUUCACCCCCACGCAGCCCCCCCUUGCCUGGAUGGAAGCCCGUGCGCCAAUGGAGGUCGCUGCACCCAGCUGCCCUCCCAGGAGGCUGCCUGCCUGUGCCCUCCAGGCUGGGUAGGUGAGAGGUGCCAGCUGGAAGACCCCUGUCACUCGGGGCCCUGUGCUGGCCGCGGUGUCUGCCAGAGCUCAGUGGUUGCAGGCACUGCCCGCUUCUCCUGCCGGUGCCCCCGGGGCUUUCGAGGUCCAGACUGCUCCCUGCCGGACCCCUGCCUCAGCAGCCCCUGUGCUCACGGUGCCCGCUGCUCCGUGGGUUCUGACGGCCGCUUUGUCUGCUCCUGCCCUCCUGGCUAUCAGGGCCGCAGCUGCCGAAGUGAUGUGGAUGAGUGCCGGGUGGCCGGGCCCUGCCGCCAUGGUGGCACCUGCCUCAACACGCCUGGCUCCUUCCGCUGCCAGUGCCCGGGGAGGUACACGGGGCCCCUGUGUGAGGACCCCGCAGUGCCCUGUGCUCCCUCGCCUUGCCGCAACGGGGGCACCUGUAGACAGAGUGGCGAUCUCACCUAUGACUGUGCCUGUCUGCCUGGCUUUGAGGGUCAAAACUGCGAAGUGAAUGUGGAUGACUGUCCAGGACACCGGUGUCUCAACGGGGGAACCUGUGUGGAUGGUGUCAACACCUACAACUGCCAGUGUCCCCCUGAGUGGACAGGCCAGUUCUGCACGGAGGAUGUGGACGAGUGUCAACUGCAGCCCAAUGCCUGCCACAACGGGGGCACCUGCUUCAACACGCUGGGCGGCCACAGCUGUGUAUGCGUCAACGGCUGGACUGGUGAAAGCUGCAGUCAGAAUAUCGACGACUGUGCCACGGCUGUGUGUUUCCAUGGUGCCACUUGCCACGACCGCGUGGCCUCCUUCUACUGCGCCUGCCCCAUGGGCAAGACUGGCCUUUUGUGCCACCUGGAUGACGCCUGCGUCAGCAACCCGUGCCAUGAGGACGCUAUCUGCGACACGAACCCCGUGAACGGCAGGGCCAUCUGCACUUGUCCACCUGGCUUCACCGGCGGGGCUUGUGACCAAGACGUGGACGAGUGCUCCAUCGGGGCCAACCCGUGUGAACACCUGGGUCGUUGCGUGAACACGCAGGGCUCGUUCCUGUGCCAGUGUGGUCGCGGCUACACAGGGCCUCGCUGUGAGACUGAUGUCAACGAGUGUUUGUCGGGGCCCUGCCGCAACCAGGCCACUUGCCUUGACCGCAUUGGCCAGUUUACCUGUAUCUGCAUGGCAGGCUUCACAGGAACUUACUGUGAGGUGGACAUCGACGAGUGUCAGAGUAGUCCGUGUGUCAACGGUGGUGUCUGUAAGGACCGAGUCAAUGGCUUCAGCUGUACCUGCCCCUCAGGCUUCAGUGGGUCCACGUGUCAGCUCGACGUGGACGAAUGCGCCAGCACUCCCUGCAAGAACGGCGCCAAGUGCGUGGACCAGCCUGACGGCUACGAGUGUCGCUGUGCUGAGGGCUUCGAGGGCGCCCUGUGCGAGCGCAAUGUAGAUGACUGCUCUCCGGACCCAUGCCACCAUGGGCGCUGCGUGGAUGGCAUCGCCAGCUUCACCUGCACCUGUGCACCAGGCUAUACGGGCACACGCUGCGAGAGCCAGGUGGAUGAGUGCCGCAGUCAGCCCUGCCGCCAUGGGGGAAAAUGCCUAGACCUGGUGGACAAAUACCUCUGCCGCUGUCCUCCCGGCACCACAGGUGUGAACUGCGAGGUUAACAUUGAUGAUUGUUCCAGCAACCCCUGCACCUUCGGAGUCUGUCGGGAUGGCAUCAACCGCUAUGAUUGUGUCUGCCAGCCUGGCUUCACAGGGCCCCUCUGCAAUGUGGAGAUUAAUGAGUGCGCGUCCAGCCCUUGCGGCGAGGGAGGCUCCUGCUUGGAUGUGGAGAACGGCUUCCGCUGCCUCUGUCCACCCGGCUCCUUGCCUCCACUCUGCCUACCCCCAAGCCAUGCCUGUGCCCACGAGCCGUGCAGUCACGGCGUUUGCCAUGAUGCACCCAGCGGGUUCCGCUGUGUGUGCGAGCCUGGCUGGAGUGGCCCCCGCUGCAGCCAGAGCCUGGCUCGAGAUGCCUGCGAAUCCCAGCCUUGCCGGGGUGGUGGCACCUGCGUCAGCGACAGAAUGGGCUUCCACUGCACCUGUCCCCCCGGAGUUCAGGGCCGUCAGUGUGAAGUGCCAUCCCCCUGCAUCCCAAAUCCUUGUGAGCAUGGGGGCCGCUGUGAGUCUGCCGCUGGCCAGACGAUUGUCUGCUCCUGCCCUAUGGGCUGGCAAGGACCACGAUGCCAGCAGGAUGUGGACGAGUGUGCCAGCUCUGCACCCUGUGGUCCCCAUGGCACCUGUACCAACCUGGCAGGGAGUUUCAGCUGUACCUGCCACGGUGGGUACACUGGACCUUCCUGUGAUCAGGACAUUGACGACUGUGACCCCAACCCGUGCCUCAAUGGCGGCUCCUGUCAGGACAGCGUGGGCUCCUUUUCCUGCUCUUGCCUUCCUGGCUUUGCUGGCCCUCACUGUGCCCAAGAUGUCGAUGAGUGUCUGAGCAGCCCCUGUGGCCCGGGCACCUGCACCGACCAUGUGGCCUCCUUCACCUGCACCUGCCCCCCAGGCUAUGGAGGCUUCCACUGCGAGAAGGACCUGCCUGACUGCAGCCCCAGCUCCUGUUUCAAUGGAGGAACCUGCGUGGACCGCAUGAAUUCCUUCAGCUGCCUGUGUCGCCCUGGCUACACUGGCGCCCACUGCCAAUAUGAGGCCGACCCCUGCCUCUCAAGGCCCUGUCUGAAUGGGGGCAUCUGCGGCGCCACGCACCCUGGAUUCCACUGUACUUGCCCUGAGGGCUUCACUGGUAGCCACUGCCAGACUGUGGUUGACUGGUGCAGCCAGACUCCCUGUCAGAAUGGGGGUCGCUGUGUCCAGACCGGGGCCUAUUGCCUUUGUCGCCCGGGAUGGAGCGGCCGCCUCUGUGACAUCCGGAGCUUACCCUGCAUGGAGGCGGCAGCCCAGAGAGGCGUGCGGUUGGAACAUCUGUGUCAGGCAGGCGGGCAGUGUGUGGACAAGGGCAACUCCCAUUCCUGUGUGUGCCCGGAGAGUCGCACCGGCAGCCACUGUGAGCAGGAGGUGGACCCCUGCCUGGCCCAGCCCUGCCAGCACGGGGGCACCUGCCGAGGCUACAUGGGGGGCUACAUGUGUGAGUGUCCAGCUGGCUACUCUGGUGACAACUGUGAGGAUGAUGUGGACGAGUGUGCUUCUCAGCCCUGCCAGCAUGGGGGCUCCUGCAUUGACCUCGUGGCCCGCUAUCUCUGCUCCUGUCCCCCUGGGACACUGGGAGUGCUGUGUGAGAUCAAUGAGGAUGACUGUGGCCCAGGCCCUUCCCUGGACUUGGGUCCCCGAUGCCUGCACAACGGUACCUGUGUGGACCUGGUGGGUGGUUUCCACUGUAACUGCCCCCCAGGAUACACGGGCCUGCACUGUGAAGCAGACAUCAACGAGUGUCGCCCCGGGGCCUGCCACGCAGCACACACCCGGGAUUGCCUGCAGGACCCAGGUGGACGCUUUCACUGCCUUUGCCAUGCUGGCUUCACAGGUCCCCGCUGUCAGACUGCCCUAUCUCCUUGUGAGUCCCAGCCAUGCCAGAAUAUGGGCCAGUGCCGCCCCAGCCCAGGACCCGGGGGCCUGCUGACCUUCACCUGCCACUGUGUCCGGCCGUUCUGGGGUCCUCGUUGUGAGCACGUGGCGCGCACCUGCCGGGAGCUGCACUGGCGGCAGUGCGAGGCGCUGCAGUGCUGGCGCCUCUUCAACAACAGCCGCUGCGACCCUGCUUGCAGCUCGCCCGCCUGCCUCUACGACAACUUCGACUGCCACGGCCGCGAGCGCACCUGCAACCCUGUGUACGAGAAGUACUGCGCUGACCACUUUGCCGACGGUCGCUGUGACCAGGGUUGCAACACGGAGGAGUGUGGCUGGGACGGCCUGGACUGUGCCAGCAAGGUGCCGGCUCUGCUGGCCCGCGGCGUCCUGGUGCUCACGGUUCUGAUGCCACCUGAGGAGCUGCUGCGCUCCAGCGCCGACUUCCUGCAGCGUCUCAGCGCCAUCUUGCGCACCUCGCUGCGCUUCCGCCUGGACGCUCGAGGCCAGGCCAUGGUCUUCCCUUACCACCGGCCCACUUCUAGUUCCGAGUCCCGCACCCGGCGGGAGCUGGCACCUGAGGUGAUCGGCUCUGUAGUGAUGUUGGAGAUUGACAACCGGCUCUGCCUGCAGUCGCCCGAGAAUGACCACUGCUUCCCCGAUGCCCAGAGCGCUGCUGACUACCUGGGAGCCUUGUCUGCGGUGGAGCGCCUUGACUUUCCCUACCCACUGAGGGAUGUGCGAGGGGAACCGCUGGAGCCUCCAGAGCCUAGUGUGCCAGUGCUGCCGCUGCUGGCCGCAGGCGCCGUCUUCUUGCUGGUCAUCCUCGUCCUGGGUGUCAUGGUGGCCCGCCGCAAGCGUGAACACAGCACCCUUUGGUUCCCCGAGGGCUUCGCCCUGCACAAGGAUGUGGCAGCAGGCCACAAGGGCCGGCGGGAGCCCGUGGGACAAGAUGCGCUAGGCAUGAAGAGCAUGGCCAAGGGUGAGAGUCUCAUGGGGGAGGUGGCCACAGACUGGAUGGACGCAGACUGCCCAGAGGCCAAGCGACUGAAGGUGGAGGAGCCUGGAGCGGGCGCUGAGGAGCCCGUGGAUUGUCGUCAGUGGACCCAGCACCACCUGGUAGCCGCUGACAUCCGCGGAGCACCAGCCAUGGCGCUGACACCGCCACAGGGUGAUGCAGACGUUGAUGGCAUGGAUGUCAACGUUCGUGGCCCAGAUGGCUUCACCCCGCUCAUGCUGGCCUCCUUCUGUGGGGGAGCCCUGGACCCUGUGCCUGCAGAGGAGGAGGAGGCCGAGGACACGUCGGCCAGCAUCAUCUCCGACUUGAUCUGCCAGGGGGCACAGCUCGGGGCUCGCACUGACCGCACGGGCGAGACGGCCCUGCACCUGGCUGCCCGCUAUGCCCGGGCUGAUGCGGCCAAGCGACUGCUGGAUGCUGGCGCUGACACCAAUGCCCAGGACCACUCGGGCCGCACCCCUCUGCACACGGCUGUCACGGCCGAUGCCCAGGGGGUCUUUCAGAUCCUCAUCCGGAACCGCUCCACAGACCUGGAUGCCCGCAUGGCAGACGGCUCCACAGCCCUGAUCCUGGCGGCCCGCCUGGCGGUGGAGGGCAUGGUGGAGGAGCUCAUUGCCAGCCACGCUGAUGUCAAUGCCGUGGACGAGCUCGGGAAAUCAGCCUUACACUGGGCUGCGGCUGUGAACAACGUGGAGGCCACUUUGGCUCUGCUCAAAAAUGGGGCGAACAAGGACAUGCAGGACAGCAAGGAGGAGACCCCGCUGUUCCUGGCUGCCCGUGAGGGCAGCUAUGAGGCUGCCAAGCUGCUGUUGGACCACUUUGCCAACCGGGAGAUCACAGACCACCUGGACAGGCUGCCUCGGGAUGUGGCCCAGGAGCGGCUCCACCAGGACAUCGUGCGCUUGCUGGACCAGCCGAGCGGGCCCCGCAGUCCCCCCGGCCCCCACGGCUUGGGCCCUCUGCUCUGUCCGCCUGGGGCCUUCCUCCCGGGCCUCAAGACAGCCCCGUCAGGGGCCAAGAAGAGCAGGAGGCCCCCUGGGAAGGCAGGGAUGGGGCCACAGGGGCCGCGGGGCCGGGGCAAGAAGCUGACGCUGGCCUGCUCGGGCCCCCUGGCCGAAAGCUCGGUUACGCUGUCACCCGUGGACUCACUGGACUCCCCAAGGGCCUUUGGUGGACCCCCUGCUUCUCCUGGGUCUUUCCCCAUCGAGAGUCCCUACGCGGCUGCCACUGCCACGGCCGUGUCCUUGGCUCAGCUUGGUGGCCCAGGCCGGGCAGGUCCUCUGGGCCGCCAGCCGCCUGGUGGCUGUGUGCUCAGCCUGGGCCUGCUGAAUCCGGUAGCUGUGCCCCUCGACUGGGCCCGACUGCCCCCACCAGCACCCCCAGGGCCCUCAUUCCUGCUGCCCCUGGCUCCGGGACCCCAGCUGCUUAACCCUGGGGCCCCUGUGUCUCCCCAGGAGCGGCCCCCGCCUUACCUGGCAGCCCCGGGACAUGGCGAGGAAUACCCGGCAUCGGGGACCCGUGGCAGCCCUCCCAAGACUCGCUUCUUGCGGGUCCCCAGUGAGCACCCUUACCUGACCCCGUCCCCAGAGUCCCCUGAGCACUGGGCCAGCCCGUCCCCUCCUUCUCUCUCAGACUGGUCCGACUCCACCCCUAGCCCAGCCACUGCUACUGGGGCCACGGCCACGGUUGCUGCCGCCCUACCAUCCCAGCCACACCCGCUGUCCGUCCCUGGCUCCCUGGGCCAGGCCCAGACCCAGCUGGGCCCCCAGCCAGAAGUCACCCCGAAGAGGCAGGUGUUGGCCUAAAUCGCUCUGUAGCUCUCGGAUCUUGGUCCUGACUCCUGACUCUGCUCUCUCCUCUCUCAGUCUGCUCUUCUCCGCCCCUCACCACCCUCCCGCACCCUGCCUUCCAGACCGAGCUGGGUCGCCAGCCCCAGCCUCAGUCUCCCUUUAUUUAUAACAGAUGGGGCUGAAUUCCCAUCCUCUCAGUCUUCAAAUGAGUCUGGGACCCCCCUGCUGCCCCCAUUAUCUCUCUUGCCCUUGUUUUCUCACUCUGACAUGAGGGGGCUAUUAUUCUUUUUUCCUUUUUUU